AAGCCUCCCGGUGAAGGGUCGUACUGCGCAUGUGCGCAGAGCUUCUGGAGGUUUCCUCACGUGGAGUGAUUCCCCUUCAGUUAGUCAGAGGCAGCAGGAAGAAGUCGGGGUGCCGGUCUGUCCUCUCACAACCCAAGACGAUAAAAUGGCCUUCAGAAGAUUCCUUCCAUUGUUUGACCGGGUGUUGGUGGAGCGCCUCACUGCUGAAACCGUGACGAAAGGAGGCAUCAUGCUUCCCGAGAAGUCUCAGGGAAAAGUGCUGCAGGCGACGGUUGUGGCUGUAGGUCCAGGAGCCGUCAACCAGGAUUUCUACAACUGGCCGGAUGAAUCAUUCGAGGAGAUGGACAGCACCCUGGCGGUCCAACAGUAUAUUCAGCAGAACAUUCGAUCAGAUUGCUCCAAUAUCGACAAAAUACUUGAGCCUCCAGAGGGGCAGGAUGAGGGUGUGUGGAAGUACGAGCACCUCCGGCAAUUCUGCCUGGAGCUCAAUGGACUAGCAGUCAAACUGCAGAGCGAGUGCCAUCCAGACACCUGCACCCAGAUGACUGCCACCGAGCAGUGGAUCUUUCUAUGUGCUGCCCACAAGACUCCCAAAGAGUGCCCUGCCAUCGACUACACCAGGCACACGCUGGACGGAGCUGCCUGCCUUCUUAAUAGCAACAAAUACUUCCCAAGCAGGGUGAGCAUCAAGGAGUCGUCCGUGGCCAAACUGGGAUCCGUGUGCCGCCGCAUCUAUAGGAUAUUCUCUCAUGCCUAUUUCCAUCAUCGCCAGAUAUUUGAUAAAUAUGAGAACGAGACUUUCCUGUGUCACCGCUUCACACGCUUCGUGAUGAAGUACAACCUGAUGUCUAAGGACAACCUGAUCGUGCCCAUACUGGAGGAGGAGGUGCAGAACACCUCUUCAGCCGGGGAGAGCGAGGCCUGAGACCAAGACACCGGGAGACAACAACAACGACGACGACGCUGCUGCUGCCUGAGGGAGGAGACAGAUGUGAACACACAUCCACACACGCAUCCACACACUAAGGUUGAGUGUAUUAGGGCUCCUGUCUGGUGACACUGUCCAUGUCCAUCCUGUGUCUGUCUCCACGGACCAGCCGUGUCCUGUUUCCAUCCUCCCAGAGUCCACUCGGACCCCUGACUCUCACACACACUACUCCUCUAGGGAUCCUUUUCUCUCUGUUAAGCAGCUGGAUUUGCUAAAAAACCUGCGUAUCAUGUGACCUAUAUUGUUGACAAAGGCACACGGACGGCACCGGCUCUGUAAAUACCCCCCACCUCACCUCCCCUCUCUCUCUCUCUCUCCCGACUCACUUAUGUUGCUUCUGUUCUCUCUUUGCUUGUGUUGCCUAUUCUUCUGGAAGGGGGUGUCUGAUCAAGCGGUUCAGCUCGAGCCCGCUGACUUAGCAUCGCUACUCAAACGCGGCAUAGGUGUGACUUGUGCGGUAGUAAACAAGGAUUAACCUCUAGCUUCAUACAUGUACUAGGAGUCUGAUAUUCUUUCUCUUAAUCCCCUCCACCCCCACCCCACCCACUCCAUUCUUAUAUCGCUGUCUAAUGUGCCGGAUAUUCCAUUUUUCACAAAU